AGAUUGGUGUAACAAAAAAAAUGAGUUAAUGAAUGUCUCGCCUCAUAUUAAACGAAUGAAUAAGGAAAAAUCACCUAAAUAUCCUGAGCUAUUUUUAGUUGGGUACAAAAAUUACGCAGUAAACUCAAACCUGUGA